AAAAAAAUGGGGUAUUUUUGCCCUUGGACUCUGGAAAACCUCGGAACGGUAAGAGGUAGCAAGGAAAAGAAAUUUUAUAACCACACUUUGAUAUGGUAAACAUUUGCUGAAAGUAGCAUCAAAAUCGGAUGUAAGACAAAAAAGUUUUUUUCUGAGGGGGCCCUUAAGUGUUUGUGCCACACAUUACUAAAGCUCACAUCUUUUCUUUCUUCUUUUAUCGUACAGAAGUAAACUGGAACUAACUGCUAUGGCAAUUAGUUUUUUCUUCUUCUUUCAAUUCAUCCAAACGCGCUUUAAAAACUCAAGUACACCGGUGAUCAUUUUUUUUUUCUUGCUUUCAAUCUUUUUCUUUUUUUAUUCUUUCUCCUGUAUACUCAAUGAAACAUUUUUGAAUAAGGUUUGUUUUUAUUACUUCUUAACAUAGAUUUUUCUUCUAGUUUGUUCGUUCUUCGAGUACAUGGUCGGCCGGUAUACGAGUAACCGAGUGUUCUAUUUUAAAUGCUUAUAUCCAAUUAAUUGACACAGCCAAAAAUCAUGAAAAAUUUCGUGUCUAUGUGGUGCUACCAUUACUACCCGGUUUUAAUACUGAAAAUGCUAUUGAAGCGGUACUGUAUUUAACAAUGAGAUCAAUAUCCAAAGAUGGUAAUUCGUUGUGCAGCAGAUUAAAAGAUGCAGGCGAUCGAGAUAGUGAAAUAGCCAUCGUAAUUGAAGACAUCGAGUUCGAGCGAGGGAUAAUGAAUGGACAAGAAGUUGAAUGUGGAAAAUUUUGUUCAGGUUGGAGAAAGAAACUAUUUGGGUAUGAUACAUGUAUCCAGCAUAGAAAUCCAGAUAAAAUUGACAUUAGUGAUCCAGUUUCGGACGAAUUCUAUACAUAUUUUCGUAAAAUAGCACGGAACAAUACACUUAUUUUUGAAGAGGUAUUCAAAACAGUACCUAGUGAUCGUGUUCGUCAUCUUGGAAGGAAUGCAGACUAUUAUACAUCGCCAAGAAUGGCUACCACUGAUCCGGAGAGGGCUCAUCAGCGUUUGAAAGAGAUAACAGGUGUCGUUGUAGAAAUUCCACUUGAUUUUCGAUGUGAGGAAAAUUUUAUGCCAGCCAUAACGACGAAGGAAGGUUUAAUACCUAUUACUCUGUGGACAUAA